AUGGCCGGUCAGGCCAAGCGGGCUGCAGCAGCAGCUCAGCAAGCGGAGGAGGCCAGGGCAGCGGCGGAGCGGCAGCGGCAGACGCGGGAGCGCGACCGCCGCAAUCGUGAUGAGGAGGACAACGGCAGCGAUGAGAGCAGCGGGGAUGACAGAAGGAGAGUAGCAGGGGCACCGCCGCAGCGGCUGGCCCAGGUGCAUCUGCUGCAGGGCAUGCGCGUCGCUGUGGCCGACAUGAGCGGCAGCCUCAGCGGAUAUGCAGUGCUUGAGGUGCGCAGCGCGGUGCGGCACGCCGGCCGCGACGAUCUCGCAGCCGGCGCCGGCACGCUCGGCGGCGCACGGGUGUCAGACGGCGAGCACUGCUUCGAGGCGGCGCAGCUGCCGGCGGUGGAGCUGCCGACUCCCGGCGCCGGCGCCGGGUUUGCUGAUCCAGCCGAGGACGCGCCGGUGUUACUGGUCCCGGCGCGCCUGCUGCUCCAGGUGCGCCUGGCUGGGCUGGUGGAGCGCGUGCAACGGGCGCAGGGGCCGCGCCGGUCGCUGCGGCGGCGGCAGCAGGUUGAGCAGCAGAAUGCAAGGUGGGAGCUGGAUGCGGCGUGCCAUGAGGAGCUGGUGGGGCAGGCGGCAGAUUUUGAGAUGGAGAUGGCGGUUCCUUUGAACGACAAGAGUUUAGGCUGA